AAAGCAGUAGGGAACUCAACAAGACAGAGAAGACUGGGGUAAUUUCUGCAAGGAUAUUUUUGGACCAUAGAAGCAGUGACACCAUGAAGUUCCAAGCUCUGUUCUUUCUCCUGCUCCUGGCAUGCAUGUACCUCAGCCUGGCUCAAGGCUCUUAUGGGAACUGCUGUUUGAGGCACGUUGCUGGCAUGAAGAAGAACACCAAGAGGAAAGUGAUGAGCUACAGGAUACAGGAAACAGAUGGAGACUGCAACAUCAAGGCCGUUGUGUUCAUGCUGAAGAAACGGAAGACUGUUUGUGCCAAUCCCAGCCAGAAGUGGGUACAGCGUCUGAUGACUGUUGUCGUUAAGCAGCAAAGCAACUAGCUUCCUGAGAAAAGGGAAUGAGGGGAUGUAGUUGAGCUGCUGCGUUGUUGGAGAGUCUUUUAACCAGUGUAUGCCAAUUUCCAUAUAACGUAUCUAUCAAGUGAAAUGUGUGGGCAAAUAUAUGACAGUCAUAUCAUCCUGUAACUCGAAUGUGAGCUUCAUUAUUAUAUUACUCAUUAUACAGUGGCUUGCGAAAGUAUUCAGCCCCCUUGGCAUUUUUCCUAUUUUGUUGCCUUACAAC